UUAAAAAAUUCCUCCUCCAAAAAGUGAAAACCAAACAAGCCUAAAAUUUGCAGGUGCUCAAGUCCGCUAGCGUUAUCUUCUAGUCUCGAAGAACAAUCUAAUCCCCAAUCCUCAACCAAGGAAACAAAGAUAUCUAGUUCAGUGUUGUAUGGCUGAAUCACUGAGCUCGCCAACGAAUCGAAUUGAUGUGUUCUGGCACGAGGAUAUGCUGAAGCAUGACGCUGGUAAUGGAGUAUUUGACACAGGAACCGACCCUGGCUUCUUGGAGGUGUUGGAGAAGCAUCCGGAAAAUUCAGACAGGAUCCGAAAUAUGGUUUCUAUACUCAAAAGAGGACCAAUCUCCCCUUACAUUUCUUGGCACCUUGGCUCUCCUGCUCUUCUCCCGCAACUGCUUUCUUUCCACACUUCUGAAUACAUAAAUGGACUGGUACAAGCAGACAAAGAAGGUGGAAAGAUUCUAUGUGCUGGAACAUUCUUAAACCCGGGAUCAUGGGAUGCUGCACUUCUUGCUGCUGGAACCACAAUAUCUGCAAUGAAGCAUAUACUUGAUGGCCAUGGGAAAAUAGCAUAUGCAUUGGUUAGGCCCCCUGGUCAUCAUGCUCAGCCUACUCAAGCUGAUGGUUACUGCUUCCUUAACAAUGCUGGUCUUGCCAUCCAGUUAGCUUUAGAUUCUCGGUGUAGAAAAGUUGCAGUGAUAGACAUUGAUGUUCAUUAUGGAAAUGGUACAGCAGAGGGAUUUUAUCAGUCUGAUAAAGUUCUUACCAUCUCCCUCCAUAUGAACCAUGGAUCAUGGGGUCCUUCAAAUCCUCAGACUGGAUCUGUUGAUGAACUUGGUGAAGGAGAAGGUUAUGGCUAUAACUUGAACAUUCCUCUGCCGAAUGGAACUGGGGACAAGGGAUAUGUAUAUGCCUUCAAUCAUUUGGUGGUUCCAUCAAUCGAGAAAUUUGACCCUGAUGUUCUAGUUUUGGUUAUUGGGCAAGACUCAAGUGCUUUUGAUCCCAAUGGAAGGCAAUGCUUAACAAUGGAGGGCUAUAGGGGAAUUGGACAGAUAGUACGGGCUCUUACGGACAAGCACUGUGAUGGACGGCUUCUAAUUGUUCAGGAGGGUGGAUACCAUGUCACAUAUUCAGCAUAUUGUCUCCAUGCAACACUUGAGGCUGUUCUUAAUCUACCAUUGCCUCUGCUACAAGAUCCUGUUGCUUAUUACCCUGAGGACGAGACAUUCUCAGUGGAAGUUAUAGAAGCCAUAAAAAAAUAUCAGAAAGAUAAAGUGCCCUUCUUGAAGACAGCUUAACUUGGAGUACUUCCUUUCACACUUCAUGAUAUCUGAUUCAAGGAGCGGUACCAACGAUGUGUAAUUAACUCAAUCUUAAGCAGUUAUCUGGCUUUGGCAUUUCACUGUUCUCUCCUGUGCAUUUUUUCUUUUCUCUCCUGUGCAUUUUUUCUUUAACAGUCCCCCUUUACAAUGGCUUCUAAACUUGGCUCCAAUAAGUUAUGAUGGUGAUAAUGAAGUUUUCAUAGA